CUCAGGUAAUCAUCAUUUGGACUAUACCGGAGAAGGGAUGGCGCGCGUGCGCGAGCCACCGCCGAUGGCAUCUAACGACGACUCCGCGUCGCUCUUGGUCGACUACGGAUGGUCUCCAGCAGCAGCCGCCCCUGCUAGGUCGUCUCCUUUGCGGCGGCUCCUUCACGGCGGGAAGGCGACGACGAGGCCGGCCGGCGCCGCCGCCGCCGCCGCCGCCGCCACCACCACCACCACCAGGAGCCACGACGUCAAGAGGUUCAUAUGCUCGCCUUUCGCGGCUGUCUUCCGGGCGAUGUCGUGCGCGCGUGAUUCUGCGGUCAGUACAUGCGACGGACAGCGUAGCAGCAACGCCACGGCCGGGGUGGCCGAGCGCCUUCGGGAGGCGAGGAAGAGGCGACCAAGCCUCGAGCAGCUCCUCAGGAUGGAAGCGCCGCCACCAGCAUCCGCCCGCCGCCCAGAUCAUCAUCGCAAGCUGGGUAAACCACGAGAAGCGGUUGCUCCGUACGAGGUUAUAAUCUCCUCCGGCGCCGUGAAGGGGAAAGAGCAGGAGCCGCUAUUCCCCUCUCCUCAAAGUCGUUUCGUGGCUGCUGUCUCCGACGACGCCGAUGACGCCGAGCGGCGGCGGCGAACCACGAUCGUGCCCGUGAAGUUGGAGCCCGGUGGCCCCGGCCGGCGGCAAACGAACGCGAAAAGGCUGGUGGUCGUUUUCGCGUCUCUGCGGGCGUGUUCUUGGGCUCCGAGGAUUAACGACGGGAAGGUGGCUGCAGGCCGUGCUCCCGGCAAUAAGGCGGAUCUGUUCUAUUAUCGACCCAUUCCCAUGGGGCGGAGGUGCCGGGUUCAGCAUCUGGAGGAGUCUCCUUACGUUGCAAGUAGUGACCUGUCGUCGCUGCUCAACCUUGAACAGAUGUGAGGUGCAUGGUCCGGGAAUAGCCAUGCACAAACUUCAAUUCGUACACAUAUACUUAUAUGUACUCUCAUUAUUUUCCUAUUUUCCAGCUGCGUGUAUGUUAGUUUUUUUUUGUAAUUGUAUUAUAUGAUAUAAAAAUCUGUAAU